AUGCCUGCCCUUUGGGGGCGUGUCUCUCUCACAAACACGCGAGUUCCCCCAGAAGCGUUUCAUACGCUGCUUAAGAUGGCCCGAGACGCCCACUUGGAAGCGUAUAUUGAGUCUUGCCGGGCUGGUUACGGUGGCGACAGCCAGGUGCAGGAGGAUCAUUACCAACUUGUCCUCGGCGUCGCCAAAUCACUCAUACCUCGUAUUCGAGUGCUGUCGAUUGAUGGCGUCUCCUAUCAUCCUCAGGAUGAUCUUGGACAUUUCUUUCAGCAAGGUCCUCUUCCGAAUCUUCUCAAACUCUAUGUCAAUUAUCAUGGCGGCAGCUGGCAGCCAGAGACCCUCGAUCGCAAUAUCUGCAUGGACGCUCCUCAUCUCACUGAGCUUAAGCUCAGCCUGUUCGAAUUAGGCCUACCCAUGGCUGAUGGAUCUCACAAAGGAUUCUGUCUCGAUAUCCCGAACGUCAAAACGCUACUCAUUGAGUGGCGCGGGAUGAGCUUCGGGGAGACGACCAUGUGGAACCUUCGUUGGAUUGCUACAGUCAUUCAAAAUGGGCCUUUGAUCGAGAACCUUGCCAUUGAUCUGGCAUUCUGGCACUUCGAAGCUGACUGGUUUACCCUAUUCAAUGGCCAGAAUGCCCUUCUUUACAACCUGAGAUCUUUGAUCAUCACGCAGCGCAGCAUGUGUAUGCACACUGGCGACUUUCUGACUCGCAUCUGUCCCUCGCCUCCUCCCGCUUUCACAUUCACCGCGCGAUACAUCAGGCCUGAGGACGUCGUUCCCAUUGCGCAAUCUUUGGCGCCGUAUCUCGCCGCUUGUGCCUCGUAUAGCACAAUGUACAUCCGGUUUUGCCACCCGAUGUGGGUGAUGAUACACGUAUUGCCCAAACCCAGUGAUGCUCGCGCACUCUCAGAGGAGAAGACAUUUAACUGGCGGUCCGAGGAUAAUCUCGCGAAACUGGAACGUCAGACGACGCUAUCCCUGUCCACGCUCUCCAAUCUCCACAUCUCCGUAGAGCUCCUCCCCGACCUCGCAUCACGACUACAUCUUGCGCAACACACACACCUACACGUCAACGGCGGCGUGAACCCUGCUUACUGGUGGUACAUGUUCCGACACCUCGUCGCGCCGCGAAUGACAUCCGUGCAUACUUUCAUCAUCGACAAUCUGUCGUGGCUCGGGCCCAAAGCAGGAGAUAUGAACGCGCUGAGUAUCAUCGGCCCGCCUGAUCAUGGUCUAUUUGAGGGUAUUGAACACCUCCAGACGUGGACAAGCUCGCCUCUUCCAGCCCUGCGCACGCUAAUCGUGACAUCGUGGGUCACGGGCACUAAGAGCCGCAAACGCUUGGGACUCACACACCUCGUUCGGCUCCUGAUCCACCGCUUGGAGAUAGGGCUCCCCGUACACUCGGUGUACUUGCGAGGAGGAUGGAUGAAUGCAGGGCUGGCGCCAAAGACGCAGAAGGAUAAGGUCAUUGAUAGCGAGGCGCUGAGGUGUAUACGAGCGGCUGUUACGGGCGAGGUCUUCGACGAACGAGUAGUGCUCGGACCUUGA